GGAGAAUAAAACUUUAGAAACGUUGCUUGUGUGGGUCUGCCCUAGUAGUCGGGUUUCAGCUUGACGUUAGCAUCACACGCCUCCGGUGGCUUGUUGUGUUCAGCAUUUAUUACUCCUGUUGUGCUUCAUGAUCUGGUUUUUGCAACCCUAUUGAUUUGUUCUUGUCUUACUGGCUUGCUGAUUGCUGUGUUGUUUUUGAUACAUCUAACUUGGAUCUCGUCCAGCAUUUACGUCAUCAACUACGUAUCACAACCGAAUUGUUACAAAUUGUUGCGACGUAUGUCUUCCAGUAACUUGCUCGACUGGAUGCGGAUACGACGUCGAUUUUGAGGACUCUGGAAGUGUACGCGCUCGCCUCUCGACGUCUGUUUCUUGCCUCAGGCGGCUACAACUUUCUACCGCACUAUUAUAAUACUCUACUAACUUCUGCAGUUCUUGUACCUGUUCCUCUUUCUGGUUGUACGGAUCCGGAAAGAUGUUGUCCCUCGAAGAGAAUUACAAGUACGUCGCAAAGAUCGAUGGUCAGAUCCGGGAGCGGGAGGAGCAAUGCAAAAGCCUAACGGGGAAGAAGUUUCUGCGGCAACGGCAAAAUUUGCAGGACGAGAUCGCGAAACUGAAAGAUGGACCACAGUACAAAGUUGCCCUCAAGGCGGUCCAAGCGGAUACUGCGGCUAAAGGCUUGCUUCAAGUGGAUGCGGGUAAAACCUCGAAGAGUUGUCCUGAACAAGGCAGUGGAGGGGCACAGGAAAAAGCCGGACCGGCCAAAGCCAAUGGAGGUGCCUCAAAAGCCGGAGGCGCAGAGCAAUCGUCUACUGUAGUGAAAAACGACGCUCCAGUCAUAGCAGCUGGUCUAGAAGAUGUCGUUGCCAAAGUAAUUUGUAUUUCAUUUUUCAUUUAGCUGUCACUGUGAUCCCGGACCCGAACAUGCACGUCAAGUUCAGAAAUCAGGUUGAUCAUUAAUAGUGGGGAGUAGUUUCCAAUUCGUAUGAUAGUGUGGUUAGUCACUUCUAGCUUGCUCAUCGUAAUGACGUUUCAAUUCAUUGGACUCAAGUAAUUUUCCGCAUGCAAAAGGUACGUAUGCACCGUAGACAUAGAGACUACCAUAUGGUUACGGAGAUAUGUACUUCAUCGGCCCUGUAGUUCAUGGUCGUCUCGCCCGCGUAGAGGUUCGUCGUAUUUGAACCGCGACAUGAUUGACAGUACAACCAGGUUCAGAAAAUCCUCGACACGGGAUCGAAGAAGGACUUGGAAACUCUUGGGCCUAUGGCCCGGUCAGUGAUGGAGCGCGAUCUCACCCUUGCUCUGGCUCAGAAACUUCAGAUCGCGCUCAACACUAAAAAGCCGCCGCACACUAUUCCGAAUGCGAUCUCCGUCUGCGAGCAGCUGCGUUUCUGCAGUUCCUUGCUUGCAUACCUAUACUUGGAUUUGCUCGCUCUGUCGCAUGAAGGAAAACUGGCAAAGCAGAUCACGGAUUGUCUCAAGGGUGCCUUGACGCACGCUUCAGGCAACUCCUUGCCAGUGUUUUUACCGAUCAUCCUGGGCGCUAUCCAAAAACCACCAGGGAGCAAAUGGAAAAUCAAGGUACUGCGAAUUCUAACCCCUCGCUUUUGUCAGCUCGUGGAUGAAAACAGCUUUUUUUUCGGCGGCCGAUGACAACCACAAGUACAUACGAGGACACCGUCAAAAAAUGAUCUUGCAAGGACCUGACGAGUAGUACAAGAUGAAUUUAUUGUGGCAUUGGCAAAUCUUUCAUUUUAGGUCGUUGCUCUGGAGCUGUGCAACAGCGUCUUAGACCUACUCCGGGAACACUGUCCGAAGCAGAUGAGCCAUUUUCUGCCGCAAAUCGUUCCCGUUCUACGCGCCGCGGUCGCGGAGGUGCGCGGGGAGAUUAAGGAGCAGGCGGCCAAAAUUUUGACGCAUGUUGGAUCUUUGGUAACGUGUCCCGAAAUCAGAGGAAUCUCGCAGGAACUUAUCGCCUGUUUGGUCGAUUUUGGGAACAUGAAGCUGGCUAACGAAACACUGUACAAGAUAGCAAAUACGACGUUUCUCCACUACGUCGACGCAGCUUCCUUUGCGUUGCUCUUUCCAAUUGUGCAUAGGGCUAUGAAGGAACGGCAACAUGAUUCCAAGAAAAACGGCAUCCAAAUCGUGGGAGCCGCGGUGGUUCUGAUUCAGCACCCGGAUAUCUUAACAGGUUAUUUGCCGAUGCUGCUGCCGUCGGUAUUUAGAGUUUGGAAUUCGAAUUCCUACUUUGGGUUUAUACUCACACUGUGUCUGUCACUGUCUACAUCAACUUGGCCAGCGCGGCACCAGCAGCUAGAACGAUGAAAACGAUGACCUAUUUCACACACGUUUCCAAAACUGUAUUUGCAAAACGAUUCUACACUCACAACUGCUCUCAAAAAUACCAAAUUGACAUUUUAGCUUGAGGAGCUUACAGUGGAUCCGACAUUCGAAAUCCAGCGAGAAGCCGCAAAAGCGUUUGGAACUUUGAGCAAACACCUCCCGGACUUGCUACAAACCAGAAUAUUGCCAUGGUUGCUUUCAUUAUGGGAACGGUGAUUUUCAACAGAUGCACUCCACUUAUCAGCAUGAUUUUUCGUCUCGUCAACAUCUACUUUCGAUUUUUUCAUCUUGUAUGUUCACCAAAUUUUUGCGGUAUCAGCACUACUUCUGGUAUGGGUAUGCUGUAUUGCUUUUCUUGUCCUUCCCAUAAUCUCCUCAUCUCACGACUCUUUUGUUUCUAAGACGAAAUCUCGAGUCCGACGACGCAGAUCCACAUCAAGCUAUGAAUGAUCGCACUGGUGCUGGCCACUCUCUUGCCGAAGUGUUGAAUCAGGUGCCCAAAUUGUUGCCCAGCGUCUUCUAUCAUACGCUGGUGCCGCGGCUUCUCUCCGGUACGCCUGUCCAACGCAAUGGUGCAUUGUGGGCCGUGUCUUUUUUGUGCAAAGUUGACGCCUUCGGAAACAGGCUCUUCGCGGAACAGUGUUGGCCUGCGGUGCUGUUGAACUUGACGCAUGAGGACCCCCUGGCUUUUGAGCGGGCUGCUCAAGCGGGGCGCGACAUGGUGCAGGAGUUUUUAAGACCGUAGUUGUGCGUUUUUUUAGUAUUGGAUUGAUAGAGGUGAAGCGUCAACAAGUACCGGCUUAUCCAGGGAAUAACUGUUCUGUGAUUUAUCGUUUUUAUAGAAGUUUUAAUCAACAGGAACAGUCGGGAAAAAGCUAGACUAGCGGGUAGAAUUCGCCAGGGAAAUCUUAGGCAGAUUGCCGAGUAGAUUCGUAUCAUCAGAGGAGUUUUAACACUAGAGAAAAAAAUCAAUCGGAAUCGUACUUCAUACUCUUUGUCAUUAUUAUAGAUACAUAGAAGUUGUAAUACUAGAGAAAAAAUCAGCGUACUUCCUACUCGAAGUUGUGGAGGCACCAAAGCGCCCGCGUUGCUGCCACCACUGGCGGAAGCGGUCCUUACAUUUGAGUGCGUCGCUAAAGCAAGAGAAUCGGCAAUGGACCUCUUUACAGAGCUCACCGAAAAUUAAGGCUUGCAACAUAAACUUCUCGUCUUGUGGCGGUAUGGUUUGUAGUCUUAUUCUUCAUGCUAGCGAGUGCUCCUCGCUUGUUUUUAAACCCACAUAGUGCAGUUGAUCAUCGUUCCGGAUCAUGACUUGCCCUUCUAAUAUCCAGUGUCCGAGAUGAAGAAGUAUGGUCAGGAUUAUCUGAGUAUGUCCUCGGCGCCGCUGCGAUUGCGACAUCAGUUAGUCCUUCUCUUGCAGAUCGGGAGAGCAGAUGAAGACCCGGCUGUUCGCCGGCAGUGCGGUUUGCUAUGGAAAGAAGGGAUCCAGAGCGGGCAAAAGGCGAAAAGGGAAACGCUUCAUGUCCUUCUGGCAACUCUGAAGAGCAUGGAGAACAGCGCAUCAGAGAACAAGCGCAAUGGAGCGAAACGCUGCAUGGCAGAGACGCUGGCAGACAGCGAGAACGGGGAAAAAGCGAAAGAGCUGUUGGAUGGUGGCAGCAUCUCUGAGGUACAGAUUCGUUUUUGAGUACCACGACCUGUAGUUGUUGUACCACUACCGGAAAUGCCGACUGUGAUAAAAAUUAUCCUAGUUCUAUUUCAUCUGGUUCCAACUGCGCCUACUGCAGCUCCUUCUUCACAGUACGAAAUCAUCCACUAUUAACUUGUAGGAGGUCCUCGACGCGUAGCUGAUUUUAUUUCACUAACUCCUUGACCUUGUCGUUGUCUUUCCCAUCAUCUUUAUCUCACAUCAUCUCUGUCUUUCAGGCCGAUUCCGUCUUCAUCGACAUUCCCUGGACGGAGUUAGCGACGUACAGGCUUCCAGAGAUUGGCUCGAUUGCGACUUCGGAAGCAGUGCUGAACUCUUUGCCGCGGCGACCGACCCAAGACUGCCUGGCUUCACAGGCCGGUCGUGUGUUCGACGAAUGCAGCACACUUUCGCAACUUUUCGAUGCCAAUUUGCUGCGGCCCUUCGUUCGAACUCUGAUGCUCAGCUGCAUCAUGGAGACGCUGGACCCGGCCAAAGCGCUGUCUGCGGUCGAGAAUGAGCCUAUCUUCCAAGGCUUGCUGACCUCGUCGAAGUGGAACAACGCUGGCGAAUUGCUGAAAUCCGCGUUAGUCGGUUUUGAGGACGAUGGAAGCGGGAACGACCUUGGGGAAGACUUGAUUUGCCGGGUGGACAAUCUGAUGUUGAUGUACGGUGGCGGCCAUCUCCUUCUCAAAGACACAAUGUUUGAACUGCGAAAAGGCCAUAGAUACGGUGUGGUUGGCCGCAACGGUGCGGGAAAAACGACGCUGAUGAACCUAAUCGCUAACGGUGGGGUCAGCCAGAUUCCGAAACACUUGACAUUAAGACUGGAGUUUUCUCCUUGAUACAAUGCACGGAGAUAGCGAUGAGAAAGAAAUCCGGCGGGAUCGUACGCGUCGCCCGGAGCGCAUCAAAACAAACAGACAAAGCACAUCCGAACGAAGGUAGCGUCAACAUGCAAUCAUGGGCGGUCCAUUAUCUCUUUCGACUUCCUUUGAUAUCACGUACUUAUUCGUUUCAACAUCUUCUAGCAGAAGAUGGUAUUAUUGUCUUUUACCUCCAGGACAUCCACUGUCUCUCGAUCCUCUUCUAAUUUGCUGCGUGCACGUGAAGCCCGAGGUGUUGCAGGAUUUUCUCGAGAUCAGCUGCGUGUCUUUCAUCAAAAAUGAGCAUCCGGACGCUUCAAAAGAGAAGUUGGCGGAGUCGUUGAAGGCGGUCCAUUUUCCCCAGGACAUGUGGAAUGUGGCAAUUGGCGAAUUAUCAGGUGGCUGGCGGAUGCGCCUGCUUAUUGCCAAUUCUAUGAUGAAGCAAGCAGACGUGCUCUUGCUUGACGAACCUACGAAUCACCUGGACGUGACAGCGGUGCAGUGGCUCUGCGACUACCUUGUCGGCCUCGAUCAGACGGCGAUUAUGGUCAUUUCUCACGACCCCCUAUUUUUGAAUCGCGUCUGUACGAAGAUCAUCAAUUACGCGAACGAGAAACUCGUGUACUACGACGGCAAUUUCGAUGCCUUCAAGACGCAACUGAAUUUGAACGAUGCGGAUGCGGAAGAGCUCUUAGCUGGUCAGAUCGAAGUCGGUGGAGGCGCUGGAACACCAGCAAACACUGAUGCGACAGUCGACCAAAAUGGAGACACGUCCAUCAAUCUGACCAGAGUUGGCAGUAUCGGGGCAACGACUGAACCGGCGUCGUCGCCGGGACACGGUGGCCGUUUGGACGAUCCAGGCCUGUCAAGUACGUCAACAGUGGCAUCAAGUUCAAACAUUAUGGAGCAUGAUCAAUCGACAUCGGUCUCGAUGUCAGCGUUUGCUCUUCUUCGUGGUGCUCUUUUUUUCAUUGGUUGUAAGUUUAUAGUUCAAUAUGUUUUUGGGUCCCAACGCAAGAACUACAAGAUAUUGGUAGAAUCAUCACCGAAAACUAGUAGUUACAAGCUGGCUUGGUUUUGGUAUCACUAUCACUUGUAGUUGUUCUAAGCAAAACAGGCCUGCCGAGUCGACAGCCGCAGACGGAAUUGGAGGUAUCGGGCCAGAGCGCACUAAUUCCGUGACUUCCAGAGGUGAUCAAGGACAGGAGCAGGGAGGCGGAGCGUCCUCGAGUUCAGGUGCACCGGAUCGAAAAGCGAAGAUAAUCUUUCCGAUUCCAGGCAAGGUGCAAGGGCUGACGUCGCUGGCGAAACCCGUUAUCGAGAUCAAAGAUCUGCGAUUCGCUUACAACGAAGAAAAGGGUGAGGUCCUCAAAGGCAUCACCGCAAAAGUCACGAUGAACAGCAGAAUCGCGAUACGAGGUAUCCAGGAACGCAAACAUUUAGAAGUCACCACCUCAAUUCAUCAGCUUCGAAUCCUAUUUCGAUCACGAGACUGGUGAUACAAAGACAAAGAUAAGCCGGAUAUUAAACAAGUGGAUAUUUUUGUCAGUUCUGCGAUCAUGAAAAUGACAGGGGAUGGUAGAGCUAGAGAUUUUCAUACUUCACCCUGCAGGUAAAAACGGAGCGGGUAAGAGUACGUUGAUGAAUUUGAUUUGUGGAGAGAUUCACCCAGGCGCGUCAGCAAUUCCGCAGAACGGCACUUCCAACAAGCAUCGUAAUUGCAGAUUAGCGUACCUUGCGCAGCACCACAUGUUCCACUUGCAGGAAUUCAUGAAUACCUCGCCUUACUUAUGGCUCCCGCUUUUGAGAGAGAGUCUCAAGGAGAUAGGGGUUAACGUGGAGAAUCUUCCACGCUUUAGUCGUAAUUGCAGGUCUGUGAGCCUGACCCUGAGUACAGCUAAAUCUCUACCUAAAGUGAAAACGCUUUGCUGUUGUUGGAACCUUCUCGGGUUGCAAUGGUAGUUUUGCUCGUUGAGAAAAACAGAUUGUUUCUCCAUUGGCAGUGGUCUAUCGUCUAAUACUGAUAUACAUCCAGAAGCGCUUUGCGAAUGGGUAUGAUCAAGCUUACCAGGACCGCUUGAAACUACCCCGUAGCCCCGAAGAAGCCGCAGACCGCAAAGAGAGGGGUCGCAAGCACGGGAAAUACGGAAAUAUGGUUGGGGACAUUGUCGGUCGUCAACUUCGAGGCAAAGAAAUUUUGUACUACCUAUUGGAAUUGUUGAUGAUGAAGAUUUUAUUCUUUUCCGUUCCUACUGUAAUCAUGCUCCUGCUCAUCUACUAUGAUCAUGAUCACGAUUAAAGAUUCUUGAAAUGUUGUCAAAAGCGGGGAUCAAGAUCAUAGGUCCUCGGUUUUUUUAGGCUACUUGAAAAUAAUACUAAUAUGUUUAACGUUGACGGCUGACCACGACAUUGAGAUUGACGUCAUCUACUCAACAGUUACGAAAUCCGAUGGGAGGGUCUUGACGAUGCGAAGCAAAACACAUGGGAGAGCAUGGAGAAACUGCGUCUUCUUGGUGUAGAGAGUUACGCAUUGGCGUAUGACGACAGAAUGGCGGCACAAACGGCGCAAAUCGACCAACGCCCGCUCUCGGCUCGCGAGAUCGUGAAGCACUUCGAACAGUAUUUUCCUGCAUUUUUAGCAUGACUAGAUUGAUUCGUCAGGCUCAAUGUUGACAUCACAAUGCGAAGGAAAGGACUGUACAGAUCAUGAAAUAUCGCUUGGACUUCGUUCAGUUUUUUGGUAAGAACAUCAAAUUCAAUGGUCGAAUGAAUCGUCACUUCGUUCCUUCAGAAUGAACCUUCGUAGUGCAGAUUUAAACACUUCCUGGCAAUGUCAUAGGAUCUUCACCUAAGGUUCGGAUUAACCGAAGAGCUGGUGCUGAAUCGAAAUAUCGGCAUGUUUUCGGCUGGACAGAAAUCGAAGGUCACGCUAGGAGCCGCCUUUUGGACCAAACCACACGUCAUCGCGCUCGACGAACCUACAAACUACAUCGAUAUGGAGACCCUUGAUUCGCUGAUAAUGGCACUGCAGCGGUUUAAAGGUGGCGUCAUCUGCAUCUCCCAUAGCAACGAGUUCGUCAAAAAAGUCUGCGCAGAACAGUGGAUGCUAGUCGAUGGCAUGAUCACCGCAUCCAAAGGCGUUGAGGACCUACAAAUCGACCCGAAUGAAAUGAAGUAGGAGGCGAGCCGCACCGCCAGACUUAGACUGACUCUCCUACAGCGUGGUCGUGGUCCGGCUUUUCCUUUUAACGGAUCAGGUCAAUUACAAGGCAUAUAUUAUUCACCUCCUUCUUGUAUAAAUUUUCAGAAAUAGCAGCACCAAUUGAUGCAUUUUUUCACACGCGGGCGUACUUGAUAUAUCUAGAAACCGAAGGAGAUAUUCGAUGACGAUGAAAAGUUUUUAUCGACCCGUGUGCCUGAAUAUGUAGCUGUGCAGGAGCAGUUCACAAUCAUUGGAAGUAGUACUACUUAAUACUUGAUACAGCGUUGUUGUUGUUCUUGCUCUAAGAAAGUAAGCACCUGAAAAUAUAGUGUCCAAAAAGACAUCAUGCAGAUAGAGGAAUCAGAUUGCUCGGAGUUACCUGUUGCUAACGCUGAAUCAGGAGUCAGUAUGUAGUAAGGUAAAUUAAGACUCACGAAGUAAGCUAUUAUGCUACCCCAAGAAAGUCAUAUUCACGACCGCAGCAUAAUUGUGCUUCUUCAUGCUUAUGGCGGGAGUCAAGACUGAUCCACUUUUCCAUCUCUCAUUCGUGUGAAAAGAUUUAAUAGGCGCUGAGCACCAUGGACAUGUUCCAUUUUAGUGCUUAAUAACCGAGGCUUUAUGUUGCGCACGAUU